AUGUUUGGAUUUGCCAAGAAGACGCCGAGCACACGCAACCUGCGCGAUGGUUCGCAGGGCGCUGGAGGGAAUUUGGAGGCCGGGGCGCUGGCCUCAUCCGCUUCGGGCACGCCAAGGGCCGGGGGCGGCGGCCGCUUUAACCCCUCUACGUUCGCGCUCCUAUCCGCGGCCGAGCAGGGCCUGACCGCCGAGCUCACGCGGCUGCUGGCCAUGCGCGCCGGCACGGGCGGCGUGCUCGUGGUGCAGGUGAACGACCGCGACGAGUUCGGCCGCACUGCCCUCCACGUCGCCGCCCGCCAUGGGCACCUCGAUGCCGUAAAGCUGCUGGCAGAAACCCACGGGGCCGACCUCAACGCUAUCACGCUGCCUCACCCGGAAGGCCCACAGCAGCCGAGCGGGGCC